AUGGGAAUUAAAGGCCUGACAAAGUUCAUCGCGGACGCAGCGCCCAACGCGAUUAAGGAAAUCAAAAUUGAGAACCUGAUGGGGAGAGUGGUGGCCAUUGAUGCGUCCAUGUCUUUGUACCAAUUUAUAAUAGCCAUAAGGGACUCUGAGCAGUAUGGAAAUUUAACAAACGAGUCGGGGGAAACGACAUCACACAUAUCGGGACUCAUGUCGAGAAGCAUAAAGUUAAUGGAAAAUGGCCUGAAGCCAAUCUACGUGUUUGACGGAGCCCCCCCUGAACUCAAAGGAUCCGAGUUAGAAAAAAGAGGAGAAAAAAGACAAAAGGCAGAAGAGUUAUUAAAGAAAGCUAAAGAAGAAGGAAAUUUAGAAGAAAUCAAAAAACAAAGUGGAAGGACUGUAAGGGUUACAAAAAAGCAAAAUGAAGAAGCAAAAAAAUUAUUAACACUAAUGGGAAUCCCCGUUGUGGAAGCCCCAUGCGAAGCAGAAUCACAGUGUGCAUUCUUAACCAAGUACAAUUUAGCACAUGCAACAGCCACGGAAGAUGCCGAUGCAUUAGUAUUCGGAACCAAAAUCCUAAUUCGGAAUUUAAAUGCCAAUGCUUCAUCAGCUAACCAAAACAAAAAUAAAAACUCCAGUAAAAGAGGAUACAUACUAACAGAAAUUAACCUCGAGCAAGUAUUAAAAGGAUUAAAUUUAAGUAUGAACGAGUUCAUCGAUUUCUGCAUUUUGUGUGGCUGUGACUAUUGUGACACCAUCAAAGGGAUUGGAUCGAAGACGGCUUAUAAUCUGAUAAAGGAAUAUAAUAGCAUUGAAAAAAUUAUAGAAAAUAUUGACAAAAAUAAGUACCAAGUUCCUUCGAAUUUCCGAUUUGUAGAAGCUAGGGAUUCUUUUAUUAACCCUAAAGUUCUAUCCAAAGAGGAAGUAAAAAUUGAUUGGUGUGAACCCAAAAUUGAAGAAUUAAAAAAUUUUCUAAUAAAGGAUUACAAUUUUAACGAAGUUAGGGUUACCAAUUAUAUUAACAGACUGUUGAAGGCGAGGAAAGUAACCACUCAGAGACGCCUUGACAAUUUUUUUACUGCCUGCACGAAGAAAAGCACCAAACUUAUUAUUGAGGAAAGUCAAACUCAGAAGGAGGUGAAGACGAAGCGGAAGGGAAAGAAAAGGGACGCGCCCAACGACAGUGCCACGAAACUUAACUCCAAGCAGAAUAAGAAGCCGAAGGCGGAAAAGGAACCCAAAAGGGAGAAGAAGGACGAGGAUGGCCGUAAUGAGGACGACCGUAAUGAGGACGACCGUAAUGAGGAUGCCCAUAAGGGGGACUCCCACAAGGGGGACACCCAUAACGGGGACGAAAACGAGGAGGGGGGAGGAGGAACCGCCGGCAUGGGCGCGAAAGACCCCUUCGACACCGAGGAAGAGGAGGAGGACAACCCCAGCCCCAACUUCUUUCACCACAAAUCCGACUCCGAAUCAGGUAAUGUAAAAAAAGAAAAAACGGAGCAGGACGGAAACGCCACCACAACAGGUGAUCUGUAUAGCUUCCCUAAUGGGAAGGAUACAUUAGAAAGUAACGCACACCUAAGUAGCAACAGCACCCUGAAUAAUUGUAACAAUGUGAACAAUGACAAGGCAGUCAACGAGAGCAUGCACGUCGUAGGUAGUAGUGCCCCCGAGGCAGGCACUAACCAUGUAGGCAGCAGUGAUCUAUUCACUUCGAACGUCGCCAACUGUGUGAAUAACAACGCUGAUAAAACACAGCCCGAAAUGAAAAAAAAAAACAUUUUAUUUUUGCUUCCCUACUGCCCCAAGAAUGUUACUAAUGUGAAGAAGAAGAAGUCCGUUCAGCGUUCAAGCGAGGGCGCAAAAGUCAGGUGA